AAAAGGCUUAAGCACUUUAAAACCCUCGUAUAACUGCAGUGGCUAAUUGGAAUGGUCGGAUGUAAAUGUGUUCAACUCGAAAAUCCUAAUGAUGAGUAGUGAAGGUGACAAGAAGACUCCAAGCGGGUGGAGAGUGAAGGUAAGAAAUGUCAUCAAAGUUGUCAGCAACAAUAGAAAGCCAUUCAAGAUCAGACCUGAGGCGCAUUCUAUAAAAAGCCCCAAAUUUCACAUUUCCAAUUGGACUUCUUCUGAAUCUGAUAACGAAAAGUCCGAUACUGGUGAGGUGAUGAUGUUGGAAGUUGCUGAAACGAAAUUUGGUAUCAAGCCGCUUAGGAAGAAAUUCAGGGAUCAGAAGUUACUAAUUUAUACCCUUCCAAAUGAAAAUAACUCUCUUUGUAAGGUACCGGUUGAAAAUCUAGUCAAAUUAUCUGAAGAAAAACUAAAAUUAGAAUCGCAAAACUUAAAUGGAAACCAGAAUGACUUCAUAGAAGCCACUAAAAUUAGUACUAUCGCAACUGCUUAUGCUGACGAUAAAACCACUAAAAUCGAAACAACCAUUGCCGACCCGAGUGAAACAGGAGAUAAAAUAACUAACCAGGCGAAAUCCAUCGCUCACCCUGAUGGGAAGGACGGGCCGGUGGCGAACUCGUUGCACCAUCGUCCAGAACCUGGCAAAGAAGAAGGAUCCCACUCAUUGAGUCUCUUCUCCUCGCCACUCCCCAAAGAAGAAGCUCCUGCCAAGGGGAUGUAUUUCGGUCCUCAUCCCAUAAAUUUGCAACUUGAUGUCAAUUAAAGUGCUC